AUGAACGAUUUGAAACACCUUUUGAUGAUUAAAAAUGGCUAUUUUCUGGAUAUUUGUGGGGUUAAGAAUAAGUUAGGAGCCAAGGACAAUUAUGAAAUCUUAAGGGAAAAAAGCAAAAAAUCUCUUCAAGGAUGCGUAUAUGAAAAAAAAGAAGAACUGUUGACAGAAGCUAAUAAAAGAAACUGUUUGAGACCUCUUCAUUGA